AUGCGUUCUUUAAAACCAAAGCUAACCAAAACCGCCAGGCCAUUCUCUUUUGAAACUUCACUCACUAACAGACGCUUUUAUACAAAAGAUUCGUCUGAUCCACCUGAAUUCAGAUUGAAAAAUACGCAAUUGAAGAAACCAGCAACGCAUGACCGAGAUAUGAAUACAUUGGAUCUGCCAAUACGCGAUCCGAUAGAAGCUCAAAGAAAACCCCAAAGAACACAUGAGGAAGUGGCGGAUGUGCUGCGAAAUUUUUUACGUCCUAGCCAAAAUGAUUCCAAGUCAAUCGAUAUAGGCUCUAUAGGAAAAUCAAUCAAUUCUAAUACUCGCUAUGGUAAAUCUUUCAAACGAUUUUCCCCUGACCAGUUUGCAUCCAGAGAUGUCCGCUCUUCCGACGGCUCGUUUAAUUGGUCAGCAGACCGCAGGUAUCCAAAGGCCUCUCAACCCUUACCCUUUUCACGACCUCCAACGAGGACUGAUGCUCCUAUACCAAAGCGAGAUUGGAAAUCUCCAGGUCCACCCCCCUGGCCCAAACACCCUCCAACAGUUGAAAAGCCCGCUCAGUCGCGGCCUCGACGUGGUUAUCCAGAUCAACCAUUUCGCCGAGAUAGAGCAGCUCCACCCACGACUCCUACACCAAUACGCCAACCAAGUCCUCCCGUAGCCCCGGUUGUCGCCGAUCCACGCGCGCCAGCCGAAAUAAUCGAGCCGGAAGUUAUCGCGGAAGAAAUAGAAGAUCUGACUAAUAUUGGGAAUCUACCUCGACCAAAGAGCAAACCUGUCAAGCGUGACGAUGGACGGUCAAUUUCCAAGCGAGAACGAUUCUUAAAAAAAGAACAAGAGAACGAACUGGACGAUGAUGAAUUGGUUUAUGAUGAAUUUGAACUGAGUGCAAAAAAGAAGAAGAAAAUGCAAGUCAUCAAAGUCGAGGAAAAGCUCAAAAAAGAAGUCUAUCUGCCUGAAGCUAUUAGCGUGGCUAAUCUUGCAAAGAUUAUUGGGUUACGAUUGGGUAAGGGUCUGAAGCAAAUGUUCGUGAUGAGAGCUUAUUACCUGAUAUCACACAACUAA